ACCGAGGGACUUGCGCUCUCCCUGGGGGAACAAGCCGAGUCCGCUGACAAUUCAGCCGGAGUUGCGGCCUCCCGCCGUUGCCCUCGACCGGCCCGAUCGGUGUUUUGUGCCUGGCGGGGAAGAAGCGCCCGAGUUACCCGAGGGAUCUUCGAAGUUCCCAAAGGAAGGGGCGCCCUCAGCCCGGCUGCCGAGCAUGGGCGGGCAAUGCUGCUGCUUAUCCGAAGAGCAGCUCCUGAGGCUGGAGAUCGAGCGGCGGCUGCGUCGAGACAAGCGGCAUUCCAGCAAGGAGCUGAAGUUGCUGCUCUUGGGUACAGGAGAGAGUGGGAAAAGUACAUUUAUCAAGCAGAUGAAGAUAAUUCAUGGAUCAGGCUUUUCAGAAGAAGAGCGGAAAAGCUACACAAAACUGGUUUAUCAUAACAUAUAUUCUGCUAUACAAGCUAUGGUGAGCGCUAUGGAUGCUUUACAAAUACCAUACUCAUCUGAACAAAGCAAGGUUGCUAUCAUUGUAUUUAAGGAAGAGUCUAGAAUAGUCCAGUCUAGAGAGGAAAAUGUGGAUGACAGCCGGAUGAUUGAAGAGGUACAAACAGACAAAAUAGAAAGCCUGGAAAGAAAACAUGCAGAAGCAAUUAAGAGGCUAUGGGAGGAUCCAGGCAUCCAAGAGUGCUACCACCGGCGGAGAGAAUACCAAUUGUCAGAUUCAGCUAAAUAUUUCCUUUCAGAUUUAGAACGUAUUGCUGUGCCAUCAUUUGUGCCAAAUGAGCAAGAUGUCCUCAGAGUAAGAAUACCAACCACUGGAAUAAUUGAAUACCAUUUUGUGCUACAAAAAGUUCCUUUUCGAAUGGUAGAUGUUGGUGGACAAAGAUCAGAAAGAAGGAAAUGGAUCCACUGCUUUGAAAAUGUGACCUCAAUUAUAUUUUUAGUUGCACUGAGUGAAUAUGACCAAGUCCUGGCAGAAUCCCAUAAUGAGAAUCGUUUGGAAGAAAGCAAGGCCUUAUUUAAAACAGUAAUUACCUACCCUUGGUUUCAGAAGUCUUCAAUCAUCUUGUUCUUAAACAAAAAAGAUAUUUUAGAAGAGAAAAUUAUGCAUUCUCAUUUAAUUAACUAUUUUCCCCAGUUCCGAGGACCAAAACAAGAUGUCAAAGCUGCUGGAGACUUCAUUCUGCAGUUAUAUAAGGAUCAGAAUUCAGACAAAGACAUCUAUGCUCAUUUUACGUGUGCCACUGACACCGAGAACAUUCGAUUUGUGUUUGCAGCUGUUAAAGACACCAUCCUUACUCGGAAUCUAAAGGAAUUCAACCUGGCAUAAAUAAAAGGGAAUCAGCUACAUACGUUUGAUUAUACUGCAAUUUUAUUUAUUACUUAUAAAAUAUAUUCUGUGCAAUAGAUUUUUUAACAAUUGUUUGUGUCCUUGCUGAACAUGGAAGGGAACUUCGAAUAAAUUUAGAACUUUUUAAGGAAUAGAUUUUGAAUAUUCUGCUUUUAAUUUUUUGGAGGGGAUUUGUGAGCAUUUUGGUCAUAAUCAGAAAUCCUUUUGCCUUUCGUAAUUUAUAAUAGAUGUGCAUUUAAACCUAGUGAGGGCCACGAGAAUGAGUUUGAGACUAAUUGUAUUCUUAUUAUUCAACAGAAAGAGGGGUGCUUAGUUUUGAGUAAUUAUUUAUUAAAUGUUUUUAAUGGUGCCUUUCUUCUUGUAGUGAACAAGCGGCCUUAACAGGUGGCAGCAAUUGAUUGCUCUUUUUUUAGACUCAGGAAAACAAAAACAAAGUAGCCUCAAGCCUAAUUAUUACUUAGGUGUGAAUUAUCUAAUCCUCUCAGGCUAGAUUAAAAAAAAAUGGAACUGGUCUGAUGAAGGGACUAAUUAAUAAAGUCUUCACAUGCUGUUCCUGUGAAAUUUGCGUGAAGUUACCAUGAACUGAGCUUCAUCAGAGUAUGUAUUUUACUUGGAAUCAAAUGAUGGAUACUAAAGAGGCUGUUUUCAUAUCUUCUCACUUAAUGACAGGCAACUACAACAUACAGGUGCUUUUAUCCUUGAUGAUUUAAUAUUAUUUGAAUUAAUAUUAAUAUGUUAGCAAACCAAAAGCAGUUGUUUGAGGGACCCUCUCUUCCCAAUUAUAUCUAUCUGUCAGAAGGGAUGUAUUAUGGGUCCAAUCUGCUAAGAAGUUCCACCUGAAGGGAACCCAAAUAUCAGCCUUUUCUGCUGUGGUUCCUGCCCUCUGGAGCCCAAGUGAGGUUGGCCCUUUCCUAUUCCAGCUUUCUGGAAAUCCUGUAAUAAAACAUGGUUUUCCCAACAACCUUGAGGUACCCAUAGGGCAGUGAUGGUGAGCGUGUGCGCAUGCGGAUGCACUGGAACCCAGAAGAUAGCAGCUGGCUGGUGCGCAUGCACACGACGGAACAUGGAAGAGCAGCUGGCGAUGGCACGCAUGCACAGAGAGGGCUCUGCGUGCCACCUCUGGCACAUGUGCCAUAGGGAGUCUGCAAGAUGGCUCCACUGUACUUAGAAUACUGAUAUUCUCCCACAAUCUUUGUUUCUAUUUGUGUUUAAUUUUUUAAAUGAUUGUUGUUUUUAAUCAUUGGUUGACUGUAUGCUGCUCAGUGACAUGAGUAGCUAUAUCAAUUUGCAAAAUAAACAGUGGCUUUCUAUGA